AUGUUGAUGGGAUCUCAUUUUCCAAAUACUGCUAACGACGCUAUCAAAAAUUGUACAAAACUGUACAAAGAUUCAUUGGGUGGAGUCGCCAGUGAUGCCGAGAUGACAGCUAUCAGAACAAUGUUAUUGGAAUACAGAAACUCUUUUAAGUCUAAUGAUUUUGUGGUGACGGUGGAUGGGAAAAGAACCGACACGUGUCUGAAGACACCGAAAACAAAGACCUGUAUGAGUGUGAAGGGCUUCACAUUCACCGAUCCAACAAUGACAACAUUGGAUGGAUACACAUGGAAAACCAAUUCCGGUGCACAAUCAACACCAGAUUCCAAUUGUAUUGUUCUGGUUGUGAAUGGGACAAACGAAAUUGUAGCGGAUAUUGAUAGCUGUGACACGAAAACCAGUCUUCAGCCAAUUUCAUAUCUUUGUGGGACGCCUGCAUGGACAUGGGAGGAGCCUUGA